GUAUUUCCGCUGACGUCUUUUAAAAGUUUGGCGGUUGCAUUCGCUAUUUGUUGUAUGUGGUAUGAAUGUUGUAUGAAUAUAGCAUCAAAGUUUUAAAGUUAUCUCGUUAAGCGCUCUUUUAGAAUGGAUUUGUCAGUUUUGGAACUCCUUUCAAAUGGACAACCAAUUGGACAUUCAGUCAAGAUCAGUCGCAGCGAUGGCCGGGUACAUGCCGCAACUCUCAAGGCUAUCCACCCGGAGAAAUACGCUGUGUCGGUGGAAUGGCAAGAAAACAAUGAAACCAAAGGAAAAGAGGUUGGAAUCAAUGAGCUGUGUAACCUCAACAGAGAAUUUGUUGAGUACCUGAAGUCAUCCAGUAAGCCUGAGCCAGUGCCAACCCGGCCAAAUAAAUCUGAAAUCAGGCUUCGUUCAUCGAGAAUUCCUGCUCCGCCUGAAACGACCACUGGAGCUCAUCCUACUGAGGUGUCAGAUUCGGUCUACAGGAAGUCGUUUGCGCGGAGGACAAUCGCUCAGCUGCUGCCCCCCUCCCCUGACGAUGACGCCCUCGUACCUGAGAAGCCCGCGUCUCUGCUGGACGGGCCAGGCUCGCGUAACCUGCGGAAGAUGAAGAAAGGCCUCGCCACGCCGUCCUCCUUCCUGCCGCGGGUCAACGAAGUCGUCAUGGAGACCGAGGUACCCGCGGCCAGGGGCGGGCCCUCCGUCAGCUCUGCCCGACGGAAGGCGGGCGUGGUCCCGGAAGCCGAAAAGACUCAGAACAAGAGGCGGGCGUCCCUGGCGAAGAACACGGAACUGCAGCCCAAGCGAGGAAACGCGGGCGACAUGAACCGCCCUCACUGGCAGUUCUACAAGAUGAUCGAGGAGUACAGGGAGUCCCUGGAGGUGGUGCCCAUCUCUCUGGCAGAUCCUGCUGAGGAUCACAGAAUCUGUGUGUGCGUCCGCAAGCGUCCACUCAACAAAAAAGAGGUGGCCCGGAAAGAGAUUGACGUGGUAACUGUUCCGGGGAAAGGGGUUCUGCUUCUGCACGAGCCGAAGCAAAAAGUGGAUCUCACCAAGUACCUGGAGAACCAGCUCUUCAAAUUCGACUACUCCUUUGAUGAAACGACAACCAAUGACAUCGUUUACAGGCUCACCGCUAAGCCGCUGGUCCAGACCAUUUUUGAAGGGGGGGUGGCGACGUGUUUCGCUUACGGCCAAACCGGAAGCGGGAAGACCCACACGAUGGGAGGAGAUUUUUCUGGGAAAAACCAAAACAGCUCAAAGGGAAUCUACGCUCUGGCGGCUCAGGAUGUGUUCACUCUCCUGGAGCAGAGGAGGUACGCCAGCAUGGGCCUGGAGGCCCACGUCACAUUUUUCGAAAUCUACAAUGGCAAGGUGUUCGACCUGCUGAAUAAGAAGGCCAAGCUCCGCGUUCUGGAGGACGGGAAGCAGCAGGUCCAGGUGGUCGGCCUGCAGGAGGUGAACGUUUCGUCUCCCGGCGACGUCAUCAGGCUGAUUGACAUGGGGAGCGCAUGCAGGACGUCCGGUCAGACGUUCGCCAACUCCAACUCGUCGCGCUCGCACGCGGUGCUGCAGAUCGUGCUGCGGCAGAAGAACCGGCUGCACGGCAAGUUCUCGCUGGUGGACCUCGCCGGGAACGAGCGCGGCACCGACGUCAGCAGCAACGACCGGCAGACCCUGGUGGAGACGGCCGAGAUCAACCGCAGCCUCCUGGCGCUGAAGGAAUGCAUCCGCUCCCUGGGGAAGAACAGCGAUCACAUCCCCUUCAGGAUGAGCAAGCUGACCCAGGUGCUGAGGGACUCCUUCAUCGGGGAGAACUCUCGGACCUGCAUGAUUGCCAUGAUCUCCCCUGGGAUGGCCUCCUGUGAUUACACUCUGAACACACUCCGAUACGCCGACAGAGUCAAGGAGCUCAACACGGCCACGACCGGAAACGAUUCUGAUUCCGAUAAGAAGUCUGAAAUGGAGGUGGAUGACGAUGACGACGACGAUGAUGAUGAUGAUGAAAGCCUGACGAAAAACCACACCCUGGUGCCGAUGACCAGCGUGUACGAGGCGGUGUCCCAGGUGACGCAGAUGGAGGACAGACUAUGCGAGGUUUUGCACAGGGGCAGAGAAAUCGCGAACGCUAUCGAGGAGCCGACGCACAGCAUGAACGCCGUCCUGGCGGAGCUGGCGGAUCAUGUGAUGACACUACAGGAUUGCUUCCAGGCUUUGCAAGCGGCAGUGAAGACCGAGGAGCUGGCAAGGAUGCCCAAGAAGGCGCAUCUCUGAAAGAAAUUUUAAAAUGCUCUUAACCGUUUCAGCUCUGUAAGAAACUGAAACAUUUUCACGGAAGCAACAGUGCCAUAGCGGUGCCCUUUUAAUAUUUGUACACAUUUAAUAAAGUUUGCUUUUUCGCGGAGUUGAUUACG